GUAGUACUACCAUAGCAGACCUAUAUAGGUCCAAGUACGCACCUUGUUUUGAGCCUGACGGUUUCAGAGUUCAUCUAUCAAAUAAAAGCUGGACAGGCAAGUGAAUCAUCCCUCUCGAUGUCCGACAAGUGUGUGUACGGCGAAGCCAGGGUUCGUUUAACUGACUUUAUUGGUAAUCUCGGUCUUCCAUCCGUACCCCCCACGAGUCCCUGCUCUCAGCUGCUAAAAUUCUGGGUAGUUUCCGACAUCAAUCCGCGGUUGGACUUCGUACAUGGUAUUUUCUAUUUGAUCAACGCUGAGAAUAUGGCUAUCUGCAGAUGUCUGCUGGAGGCCUCUGAUCCUCUUGUUCCGCACGUUGGCUUCGUUGCAAAUAUCACCAACUUCCUCGCGAUCCUGCUAUGUCUUCAUAUAUCCUUCUCCACGCUGAAUACCUUCCUCGUCCCUGUCUUCGCCUUCGGUACCUUGAUCUUCUCUCAGGUAAUUCUUUAGAUCCCUAAUCUUCAAAUAAAUCUGCUUUCUCCUGACACGCUCCUCUUUCAAUCGAGAUAUCCUUUCCUGAACUAAUCUUCAGCGUCGAAAGAGGCGUGCUGAGGUGAUACAGAACCACUUCGGUCACAUAGUCAUCGCUUCCACUGGUGGCCUUAACAAUCAUAGUCAGGGUGAGGAAUGGGUGACUGGAUUCGAAACUACUCUUGAUAGCAUUGAACACCGGAAGGCCCGAAAGGGAGGUUUUUUUUUUUUUUUUUUUUUGGAUUCUGUGAGUUAUUGAGUGAAAUGGCGGUUGCGGUUAUUGUUAUAGUCUAUCGGAACGAAUAUGGCGGAUGUGAGUCGCGCAAAUGUAUGCACCGGCUAUAUGGAUGAAUGUUGCUGUUGUUGUUGUUGAGGUGGUGAACACUCGUCCUUGAUGGAGAGGCAAAAUUGUAAAUAUCCGAAAAGCUGCAAAGACAAGCGCAAAAACCACUC